AUGUCCGACUUUGCCGAGACCUCCUCUCAAGGACUUGAGACGUUUCUCAUUGCUCAGCUAGAGGGUCUCGGCAUCAGUUUACCGUCAGAUGAUCUCGAAUACAUUGCGCGUUUCGUUGAGGAGGACGGACUCGAGGUGGAUGAAAAGGUGGAGGGGGUGAAAGGGAUGCUAGAAGGGCUGGUCGAGGACCUUCCUGAUACGGAUGGCGCUCUGCGCAAGGUUGUGGCGGAGUGGGAUCGUUUACAGCUCGCCAGACCCGACCCACCACCGCCAGCCGUCCCAACUCCCCCACCCGAGGCAGCCGAAUUAAGUGAAAAAGAGAUUGCCAGACAAUAUGCGAUGCGAUAUGCAUACGUCGAAGGCGAGCUGGGCGAAUUAUACGAGGAGGGCAAGCCUGGUGGAAAGGCAGGGGACGCCGAAGCGAAGAAAUUGGCAGAGGAAAAGAGGUUGCAAGUCUUGCAGGCGCUCAAGCUGGAUGGGAAAAAAAAGAAGCACAAGAAGCAGCAAGAGGUGGACCUGCUCGCGCCCAACCUCAACCGCGACAAGGUGAAUAUGCGGCUUCAGCUGGAAAAGGAGGCGCAACGGAAUGCUUCACAGACGGUACGGGAUCGGGACAAGGCAGCACUGGAAAAGCAAAAGUGA